AAUUCUAUUACAAAAAUUAGUAGUGAUUAUUAUUAGUUUAUAUUCAAUACAUAUCAUUUGUUGGAGUCAGCACUAUCCUAUGUGUACUUGAAAAGUUAGACCACUGCACCUACCUGCUGGUAACUUUUACACUAUUUCACUUGAACUGUUCAUCUGGGAUCACUGAAUCACAUUAUACGCAGUACUACAGUUGAACAUGGCCAACCUAGAAGACAUUGCAGAGACUCAACGCUCACUUGAGGUUACCUUAUUCCAAAGAAUGCAAGAAUUUGAAGUCCAACUCAAGGCAUCUAAAGAAGGUUCAUCACAGCAAGGAUCCAUCAGCGAUAUCUCCAGAGCCUUCUUAAGCUUUAAAGAGCAAGCGUGGGGUAUAUUCAAUAUCCUUCAAAAGCAAAUUGAAGAGUUGACAAAUUCUGUGGAUGGAAUUGAAAUGCGUCACCGUAGAAAAUCAUUGCUUCUGAAUGGUGUGCCUGAGAAUACAGAAGAAAAUGUCACUGCUACAGCUCUGGACAUUAUACACAAAAACUUGAAACUGACAGACAUUAAAGCCGCAGAUAUCCGAGAAUGUCAUCGUCUUGGCUCUGUUAAUGCCAACCGAACACGUCCUGUUCUUAUCAAGUUUAGUGAUGUUUCAUGUAAGUCGGCUGUAUGGAAGAAUAAAACAAUGCUCAAAGGGUCAUGCUAUGUCUUAGCGGAGUUCCUGACCAGACGGAGGCAGUCUUUAUUUAUUGCCGCACGCAAGCAUUUCGGUAUUCGCAAGGUAUGGACGAUGGAUGGGAUCAUUACAGUGCAAAUGCCUAAUGGCAAUCGUUCGCGUAUUUCCAGUAGUAAGGAGUUGGAAAACUUGGUCGCUGAAUUUGGCAGCGCAGCGUCUACUCGGGGUGCUUCGAAGGACACUCCUGUGUCGACGAGCCAGGCCGAUAGUAAUAAAGCAGUCAGAGCAAAGCGCGGAGUUCGUCUUAAGUAGUACAUAACAAGUUUGUAUUCAUAGUUCCUAUAAAUGACUCCUUUUCAACAGUGAUACCUUAAUACCACAAUUUUACGAUGGUUGACUCUUUUUAUUUUUGUCAAAUGUUAACCCACAAGUAAUUUUUAUUCUAAUUUUUCAUUCACCCACUAUUUUGUUUAAUUUAUUUAAUAAUUUUAAAACUAACCACAAAUCAAAACAUUUAAUAAAUUGUUCGAAUGUCAUAAUCAGUAAUGUGCUGUCAACUGUCAUAUCAAAUCAGAAACUUUGUGAACGUCAAAUGUCAAUUAUAGGCUUGUUGUCACUAUGUCAAUUGAACUAUUUUUGUUCACUGUUUUAAUUUAAAAUUUCAUUAAUGGUUGUA